AUGCUGCUGCUGGUUAAGAAUACCACUGUCAUGGAUGGUGUUAGGUUGCCUUUCCUGCUGCGCCGAGGAGUCGCCUCCAUUCUAACGGUCCCAGUGGUCAAGAUCGUCACAGGCACCGUUUUCCGGGGCUGCCUUUUUGCUCUGGUGUCGAUUGGCAUCGCUCUGCCUAGUCUGGCAGGCCUGCCGCCCUAUCUGGGCAUGAUGAUGGCUCUGGGUAUCUUCUGGCUGGUCACAGAGAUCGCCGGAUUAGGUGCCGCAGACGAUGAGCGCGACGAGGAAGAAGGUUUCGACACUGCCAGUGGGGAGCACGUCAAGUACGGCGUGCCUGCCGCCCUCCAUAAGGUGGACCUGAGCAGUCUGCUCUUCUUCACCGGGGUGCUCAUGGCAGUGGCUUCCCUCGAGUCCGCGGAGGUGUUGCACCGGUACUCGGAGUUCAUGGAGGAGUUCACUCAUGGCAGCCCGCUGGCCCUGACCUCGCUCCUGGGUGUCAGCUCCGCCGUGGUGGACAACGUCCCCCUUGUGCAGGCAAGCAUUCAGAUGUUCAAAGAGCCUAUGGACGAUCCCCUCUGGCAGCUCGUGGCCUUGGCAGCGGGCACAGGUGGGUCUAUGUUGGCCGUGGGAUCCGUGGCAGGUGUGACGUUGAUGGGUCUCGAGGGUGUUGGCUUCCUCUGGUACACCCGGCGGAUUACCCCCUGGGCGGCCUUGGGAUUCAUCGCGGGCAUGGGUCGCCGGAACCUUCCGCCUCUGGGACAUGCGCAGCUUCCGAUGUGUGCCGACUCUCAGCACCCGGUCAUGAAGGGCAUGUCCUUCCGUGUGCCAAGCAUCCCGGCCCGGAUCACUGAAAGCCUGGUUGGUAGCAUCCACGGCCCCCGCACCAUCGACUUGCAGCAGGUGCUAGCCGGGCGCGGAGCUCGGCCAAGCGCUUCUCGAGGGCGCAAACGGAAGCACAAAGCCGGCCUUUUCCUCGGCAGAAAUCUUGAUCUUUCAACAAAGGUGAUUCUCCACGACUACAUGGACGAGUGGGGUGGUGAGAGUGUCAGCAAGCAGACGGUGAAGGCUUGGAACGCGAACACAGGAGUUCUCUACAAGGUGCUUCGAGACAUUACGCAGGACGAGAUCACCGCGGCGUGCAUUUCAGACAACGGCCGCAAGAUCUACCUGGGCGACGCUAAGGGGCGAGUGCAGUCGCACGGCCUCAACAACGGGGUCGUGCUCAGCGUCUUUGACCAGCAUCCGACGGACAUCUCCUGCCUGGACAUUUGGAAGGGCACCAACAAUCUCUUCUCGUCCUCUUGGGAUGGCACCGUCAAGAUCCACUCAGACGAGGGUUCCAGACCGCCGCAGCUAAAGGCAGAGUUCAAGAACCACCGGGACGGAGUGACAUGCCUCGCCGGUUCAGAGGAGCUGCUCCUUCUCGCAAGCGGCAGUACAGAUAUGCAGGUCGUCCUCUAUGACCUGAAAACGAUGAAGUUUGAGACUGCGUUGUCGCGGUUUCAACACGUCAUCGCAGCCGUAGACUUCCUGCCGAAGCGCUGCCUCCUGGUCGUUGCAGAUCAGGGCGGCCACGUCUCCUUCUGGCGGAUGCGGCCUCACCCAGAGCAGUGGACCUGCACCUUCCACUUCAGGAAUCUCCCCAUCAUCAACGGCUCGCUGCCCAGCGUGACGGAGGUGCCACCAGCCGCCUUGGCAGUGCCGGUCGCCGCCCUUCGCGUCUCCGAAGAGCAGCUUACGCGGCCCGUGGAGGAUGGCGAGGAAGACGAAAUCCUGGAGCCGCCUCUCAUCUACACGGCCGAUGCCAAAGGUGUGCUGCGAGUAUGGACGGUGUCGCAGAUGUGCAAGAAGAGGGGAGUCCAUGCUGUGGACGUGAAGGACCUCUUCGAGCAGCAGCGCUCCGGGAAGCUGGUCACCACCAGCCCUCCACGGGGCAGUAGCAGCAAGGGCCGCCAGAUGGGGCAGAGGCCGGUUCGAAACUCGAAUGGAAAUCAGGCAUCGCCACCUUUGGGACGGACGCUCUCAUCUCAGACGUCGAUGGGAAACGCUUUCCUGACAGGCCUUGACCUGGAGACGGAGGCAGAGACGAAGUCCGGCUAUCCGAACAGUCUUGCUCCUCCGACGACCGCUUCGUCAGGCAUGCGCACAUGGACGGUCAACCAACAGGAUCCCGAGGUGCAGCUCCUCUACGAGGAGGAAGCCCAUGAUGACUCCGGUAUCAUCAGUAUGUACCUCACUGAGGGCCCCACGGCGCUCAUGAGCACCGGCCUGGACCGACGGGUCCGGACGUGGAGCUUACAGUUGGAUCGACUUGGGACCCUGAUGCAAAGUCACGACCGACAUUUUCGCUUUCCUCACGACCCCGUGUCCACGCAGGAGGCGAAGUUUCAGGAGGCUUCUGACCUGCUGGAGAGGCUCGGGCCUCUGGACCAGCAGCGCCUGCGUCUGCCGCCGAUCAACGGAGCAAGCGGCACCAGGAGCGCGCACGAUAUGCUGCUGUCUCUGAGCAGCAUGAAGACCAAGCCCGCCAAGAGAAAGGAUGCGGAGAUGGCCUGGCGAGUGACUGCGGAACAGGUCAUGCAAGACCCGGACGAUGUCGAGGAGGAUGACUACCGCAUGCUCUUCGAGCAGAUGGAGCGUGAGAGCUUCGCCGGCGGGCCCUGUUCCAAUGACUUGGACGGCAAGGAUCGGCUGGUUCGCUCCUUCCGGUCGCUUCAGGCCAGCCAAAUGCCGCACCGAACAACGCCGUUGUCUAAGGAGGAAGCCCAAGCCGCUGAUCGCCUGGCAGAUGCCAUGGCUGCGCUCGGCAACGACGAGUUCGGUACCUACCAAGCCAUGGCGAAAUCUCUGAAGCCCGGACCCAGGCUCUUCGCGAACGAUCGGGCAGCCUUAGACGAAGACCUUUUCUGA